CUGCGGUUGCGUUUAGUUUUAUUGCGCUUAAAUGUAAAUAUGAAGUGUGCAUCUCCAGUUGCAUAUGCCGAGCAAUACGAAUCAAUAAAUAUACACAUAUAUGAAAACUGAUGAGAUCGCGCUUGUUUUGGCCAACUGAAUAAAACGCAAAACGAGAAGCAUCGGCAACAACAGGCCUCAACAGAAUGGAUGUUGAAAUACCUGUUUUGGCUGGAUAUCUUAAUGUUCCAACUCAAACUGGAUUUUCGCUUAAUCGUAUCUCGAAAAAGAAAUCAUGCAGUCGUUUCUGUCUCUUGUUCAAGGCCAGUCGCCAUGGCAUUGCACGCCUGGAGAUCUGCGAGAAUAAAGAUGACAAGAAUCCAAAGAUCUUUACGCUGGAGAAUUGCGUAAAGAUCACACAGGAACCGCCGCCAGCGAAUCUCAUACAAAUUGUCAAACGCAACUUGCAGCUCACCUUGAAUACCAACAGUGAUGAUGAGCUCAGACUUGAGUACGCACUGCAAACGGUCGCCUUUUGCGACAACAGCGGCCUCCAUGCCGCACACAGUGCCAUCGAGGAGGAUAAUGAUCUAUACUGCAGCUCAUUUGACGGACUGUUUAUAAUAACGCUGAUACCGUCGGAGGCGUCCAUCAGAUGCAACAUUGAGCCGCGCACAUAUAUGCUGCAGAUGACGCCAACGGAGCUGCAAUUGAAAUCGGAGGAUCUGAAAGUGACGAUUGCCAUGUGGCCGUAUCGAUUUAUACGCAAAUAUGGCUAUCGCGAUGGCAAAUUCCAGUUCGAGGCGGGACGCAAGUGUACAACGGGGGAGGGUGUUUUUACGCUGGAUCACACCAAUCCGCAGGAGGUAUUUCGCUGCAUGUCCGCCAAAAUGAAGUCGAUGAAGAAGCUCAUCAGCGGCGACAGUCUCAGCAGCAUCGAAUGCGGCGAGAAUCAGUUCAGUGCCGCCGCCGGCAUGGAGCCCGGAUCGCGCAGUCCGUUGCCACCAUCGCCGUCGAGCAAUGUGCACAGCGGCGAGUUCGAGAUUAAUUCGACGCAAAGCUGUAUAUCGCUGCGCGGCUUCAUCAGCUCCAAUGAUUCGCUGAAUAACUUCUCCAGCAACGGGAAUAGCGGUAUCAGCUUAUCGGUGCCAUCCGUGCAACAGCAGCAGGCCGCUGGCAAACACAUUCCGAACAAGCCGCCGCGCAAGCUGCCCGCACCGCUUGACCCUCAAACUCAAUGUGAUAAAUACAAGAAUCUUGUGAAAUAUGAACCGGUUGCCAUAACGACAUCAUCGCCCUCGGAUGCCAACAGCAAGAACAGUGGCUCGGCUGUGAUCCUCAAGCCCGCCUCCCCAGAUCCAUUGCGCAACAGCAACAGCGUUGCUGGCAGCGGCUGUAGUAGUCCACCCGAUUUGCCGCUGCGCAAUGAGAGUUGCGGCAAGCUGACAAUGGAACGAGAUUACGAGUCCAUUGAGAACAUAACCGAUGCGUGGAAGACGCGCGGCGUGGGCGAUGUGCGCCACUGUGAGCGCAUACCCUCCACCCACAGCUGUGACGCUGACAGUUUUGUGCGCCAGCGUUCGCAAUCGAAACGCAAGGAUCUGACUCUGGCCAACAGCAGCAACACAAGUAGCAGCAUAAGUGGCAGCGCCAGCGGCAGCGGAAGUGGCAACAUUAUCAACUCUACGUGCACCGCCAGCAGCAGCAGCAGCAGCAACACGCCCAAAAUAAUCGACAUUGAUAUUGGGGAGGGAGUCGGUGUUCUGGUCUCACCGGAUGCCAGCUAUGAUCGCUUGGACUUUCUGUCGCCGAACAAUAAAACGUCCAGCGGCUACAAGACAAUUGUGAAUGUGACGCUGCCAGCGAAUCGAAUGCGUUGCAGUCCGCCGCCGCCGAAUGAGUAUGAACUGAUUGCUAGUCCCGAUACCGAAAGUUUUCGCAAGGCCGAUGACAGUCAUCUUGGCUACGGUGUCCUGCGCAAAUCCAACAACAACAACAACAACACCACUGCCACCAGCAACAACAACAACAAUAAUAAUAAUAUUAUUAACAAUAACAACAUCAAUACAUUGCCCGCCAUAAAUAAUAACAACAAUAACAACAGCAGCAGCAGCAGUAACAAUAUUGCAGCGGGCAUCUGUGUCACGCCCCCAACGAACAAGAGCAGCGAUGCCGCCCUCGAUCAUCGCAAUUACAACGGUCUCAACUACACCAUUGUCAGCAAGCCCAAGCGCGUCUGAGAGCAGCACAGAAAGCGAGAGAGCGAGAGAGCGCAUGAGAGAGAGAAAGAGAGAGAGAGAACACAGACAAAUACAUAGAUAGUUAGACAGAGAAAGAGAGAGAGCGAGAGAAAGAGAGAGAGAGAGAGAGGGGGGAGCAACAAUUUUGGAGUCGUUAUCUCAUUUAAAAAACGCACAAUUCGAAUAUAUAAGCGAACAAAAAUUUUGUAUCAAAUAGAAAGAGACACAAAUAGACAGACAGACAAAGAGAGACAGAUAGAGAGAGAGAAGGAGAGAUAGAGGCAAUCAAUUUCAGAGCUCUCGUUGCUUGUAGCACAUGCUUACAUCAGGUUUCAUACAAUAUUAUAACACUCUGAAGAAUUAUACAUUUUCACAAUAGCAAAUACAAAUUAAGCAUUCCUUAAGCAUUUUAUACUAGAAACUAUUGAAUAUGCAUACACAGAUAUAUAUAUACGAUAUAUAUAUUGAUUAUCUCAGCUGGAACGAAUGUGCCGUCAAAAAAAGAUUUGUCUUUACAAAAUACCAUCUAAUUUUAAGCUUUCGAAUCGAAUUUUUGCAUAGCAUAUUUUGUAUUGGUUUUAAUACAUAUAUAUUCAUUCAAUUCAUUUUGUCCGCUGAUUAAUAUUU